AUGAGAGACUUCGAUGUCAAAGCAGGAAAUAAGAUAGCAGAAGAAAAACACGUUUUUCAUGAGAUUGCAUUUGGAUGCAAUCCAGGAGAAGUUACGAUAAAAAAAAUGCUACAGUUGACAAGAUAUGUGACAUCAACAGUUGGGAAGAUAAUGAGUGCGAGAAUGAUAGAAUCUAAGGUAAAAUCGUCGUACCCAAUUCAUUCCUUCUCUCAAAGUAGCCCUAGCGUGAAAGCAAAAUGCCUGCUACCUUCGUUGCGUGACAAUGGCAAACGCGACAUGAUAUCGAAAUACUCGAAGUGA